AGAGAGGAGUCCCAGGGUUGCCAGGAGAACACGGUGAAAAAGGCGAACCUGGAGAGAGUGUCAUGGGUCCUUCUGGCCCCGUGGGACCCUCGGGAAAGCCGGGAAUUGAGGGCCCUCGUGGAUCCCCAGGUUUAUCAGGCCCCCCUGGAGCAACAGGAAGAGAGGGCUCCCCUGGUCGACCAGGCCCCCCAGGCCCUGCUGGCCCCCCAGGUGAACCAACUGCUCUGCCAAUCGUUGGAGACAUGGGAACUUUACUUAAGAAUGCCUGCAGUGUUUGCCAGACGAGAGUCCCAGGGCUGCCCGGGCAAAAAGGAGAGAAGGGGUCCCCCGGAGCGCAAGGAGUUGAAGGCUUGGUGGGAGAAAAGGGAGAUCCAGGUAUAAGAGGUCCUAUGGGUAACCCUGGGAAAGAAGGCCCAAAGGGAGUGAAAGGAGAGAGAGGGUUCCCAGGCCCGAUAGGAGAUAAAGGAGAUGAGGGGACUCCAGGAGUACCAGGAUUGCCUGGUGUGACCGGUCGUACAGGGGCCCCGGGGCUGUUGGGAAGACCUGGUCCAAUGGGCCCAUCAGGAAUCAAAGGAGAUAAAGGAAAUGAAGGACCCACCGGCAGACAAGGGCUUCCAGGGCCUCCGGGCAAUGGGAUGAGCAGUCUGUACAAGCUGCAGAGCGGUGGAGCUGUUUUAGGACCCCCUGGAGCUCCUGGUGCUCCGGGUCCCAAAGGAGAUGAAGGGGCUGCAGGGGAACCAGGGGCCAUGGGAUUACCCGGGCUGGAAGGGCUACCCGGUGCCAAGGGUGAUAUUGGUUUGCCUGGUUCACCAGGGACACCAGGUCCUCCAGGGAAGCCCGGAACUCGUGGAGAACUAGGGAUCCCUGGAGAACCGGGUGAGCGGGGGCCGCUCGGAGAGACAGGAUUCCCAGGACCUGAGGGACCCCAAGGUGUUGCUGGAAGGCCGGGGAAAGAUGGAACUCCAGGAUACAAGGGAGCUACAGGUAGAACAGGGGACAGAGGAUCCAAAGGAGAACGUGGUGAUUCAGGGAUUUCUGGCGAAAGAGGUGUUCAAGGUGAGCGGGGUCGCACAGGAGACCCUGGCCCGAUUGGACCGAUGGGACCACCCGGCCAAAAGGGUGAUCCCGGCCCCCCAGGACAGCUGGGGAGUUCAACCCUCCUGGGAGAUCCUGGCGUCAUUGAUGAACUCAAAAUGUUUAUCCAAAACCAAGUUUUGAGGAUCCUUGAAGAGAAGCUAUCGAGCGCUGCCAUGAUGCAGAGGACACCUGCAGGCAUCUUAGCUUCACAAGUUCAGGGGCCUCCAGGACCUCCUGGAAAGGAUGGAUUUCCAGGCCCACCAGGAGAGCCUGGACCUACUGGUCCUCAAGGAUACAGGGGUCAGAAAGGAGAACGAGGGCAGCUUGGUCUAGGGUUACCAGGAGAUCCAGGACCUAUGGGACCACCAGGUCCUCCUGGGAUCACUUCUCAGGGCCCUCCUGGUUCACCGGGGACCCGUGGACCUCCUGGGACGUGCGACCCCAGCGACUGCAUCCUACCAUCCUUAUGAACCCAGCCCGAGGGGUUUGAGCUGAAGACGUGAGAUGGACGUGCAGCUCUGAGAUCUGUGCAGCCGCCACAGAGCAGGAGAAGAGUGGGCCUCACUGUCUCUGACAGCUUCCUCAGCUCCGGUUCAAUCAGACAGACUCACAACUGACCUCUUUUGUUCACUUCACAGUCACAUUUGGAUGCUAGUCUGGGAUUUUAGUUUUUUCUGGCAUUGCUGUUGGGUUUGUUUUCAGUGCACUGGAAACCUUUUGAGUUUAUCUUUUACGAUGCUUUUAACAUUUAAGUUAUUUCUUGUUUUCACAUCCUCUACUGUGAUGUAAUGCAUUCCUUGUCAAUUCUCAUUAUGUCUGUCAAGUUCAGUCGUGUCUGAGAAGAUGAUCUUAAUUGUUUGUUUGACUCCUUCCUAAUAGGUUUGCCUAUGCACUCUUCUGUUCUGCUCAUCUGUUAUUCAGAUAAGCCGGUGCGCUGGCAGAAGGUACAUCUCGUGUGUGUGUGGGAGAUUAACUGAAUGAAUAUAUACUUGUUUCAUGUGUAGGUGUGAGAAAACAACAGAUUUUUGAAACAAGCUUUAUGCAACCAAAGUGCAGCAGAUGUGUCUAACAUGGAAAUUAUUUAUUUUAAGCGUGUUCUUGAGAAUGUAUUUGACUGAUGGUAAUAAUAAUUGUUGUAAAUGUAGCAUGAUAUUCAGUAAUAUUUCUCAGUAAUGCGUUUUGGCUCACUGAGACGGUUGUUUGUUUAUUGAAAUUAUUGCUCAUGACACAUUUGCAUCAUGACAGUUUCUGUAGAUUCUGCAUCAGUGCUCAGAGCUCCUCACUGAGGUUUAUCUUUUUCUUUUAUAAGACAAACCAAAAAAACCUGUCACAACAUCAUUUGCAGAUUCAGUGAAAAUAAUGUACUUACCUUUAUUGUUGGUUUAUUCUGUAAAUAACAUGAACUCGUCCAAUGGGGCUCAUGAUGGGACCUUUUUAAUAACUGUUCAUAAACAUAGCUGUAAUGUGUCAAUGUAGUGACCAUAGUCUGAAUAUAAAGAUAAACCAUACGUCUCCACUUCCUCCCACUAUUCAGAGCUGAAGCCAAAAUAUCCCGUGUAAGAACGCCACCAUCUUGAGAACAUUUGAAACCAAAGGGCCCAGUGGCAAUCUGGGGAUGAAGCAGCGAGGUCACAUGCUGGUCAAAACUUAUUAUAUGACAGAAACCGUCCCAUCUGCUAACAUGGAGGGGGCAUGAUUUAUGAUCUAUACUGAAUUAAGCCAACAGGUGGCGAUCAACACACUUUGGCUUCACUUUUGGGGUGAAGUCAUGUCGUCAUCUUUAUACACAGUCUAUGAUGAUGACACAUUGAAGUUCUCAUCUUUGUUUUUUAAAUCAAACAUCAUUGAAAAACUUUUUUUUGUCUGAUGUGAUCAUUAACAUAUAUAUUGUUUACAUAGUGUCUUGUAUGAUGAUUUCUCUGGUUUAUUUGUAUAUUUUUGAUUGUCAGCCAUGCAAAGGAAAUCGGACGACUACACUACUAUUUCUCACUUAUUUCUGUGAACCGUUCUCACUCAUAACAAUACUUGAACUUUUUUGUUUGUUUUAACAGUAAUAUCAUGGUCUAGUCUACAUCCUGGAUUUUCACUCACUGACCAACUCCAUGGGUCAUCGUGUAGUUUUGUUUUUGUUGGGGAGGGGGGGUCUUUACGACUGGAGUUUUUAUGUAUUUAUUUGCUUGUUACCCAUUUCACAAGGUUAUGAGUCAGCUUUUCCAAAACAGGCCAUGUGAUAUUUCUUAAACAGAAACUCACAUGUGGAGGCUUGAAUAUCCUUCGGAGUGAAAUCACACAGAAAACUUUAAUUAAUUCCCAUUAAAUAUUAUGAUGAAAUGCAUUUAAAAAAGCAACCUAAACUAUAUAAUCACACUCUAGGUUUAUAUUGCAGUAAAGAUGAUUAUUUUCUUGUGUAUAUUUCUGUCCUCGUGCUUUCACCCCAAGCGCUGUUUAAUGAAAGUUUGACUCAAAGGCUUUACAUUGACUUUUAAGUGUCCUGCUAUGAUGAAUGUUUGAAAGGUUCUGUGGGAGUAUCUGAAAUUCUUGUGAUGCUAAGAACUUUUCUCUUUUCUCGUUUCAUCCUCUAAGAUCUGUUUGACACUUUUUCUUCUUUCUUUUUACUUCACAUCAUUGGAAGUCAUCAUGCUUCUCUUACACAUGUAAGCUGCAGUGCUUUUGUAUAUAUAUAUAUAUAUAUGUGUAUAUGUAUAUAUAUAAUUUUUUUUACAGCAUGCCAGCUUGGUUUUAUGUGUUAAAUUGUAUCAGUGUGAGUGGGUCUAAUUUUUAAAUGGGUAUUGAAUUGAAUGUGUGCCAACGAAUUCAUUUGUGGGUUGAAAGAGCCCCCUGCUGGACAUGUGUUUAUACUGACAUUGCUUGUAAUUUGAAUGGGAAAACAAUCUUUCUUUAGGUUAUAAGCUUCAUAAAAUCCCUUCCUUCUGUUGACUACUGUUCUUUCACUACACUAAUUUUCAUACUGGCCUUAAUGGCUUCCCCUCGAAUACAGUAAUGCAGACCUUGACCAAACCCAAAUGAGACGGCAUUAGCAAUCGUAAUAUCUGAACUUUUUGGUGCACUGACGAGAGAAAAAGCUCUCAGCGUAAAUUGAAUUUAGCUGGAAUUGAUAUUAAUGCGCACCAGUUUGUGACUUUCACUUUAGCUUAACGGUUUGAUAACCAGGGAGAACAAAAAGAAAGGGCUGCUGAUGUCAAGACCUGCUUCAUUUCACAUCGCUCCGAGUUUAAAAUCCAUUUAUUCUUAGUGGGAAAUAUCGGAUGGAUAAAAAUUCUCUAAGGAAGGAGGUGUUGAAGGUGUUGAAGCGUCCUUCAAAGGAAACGCUCUCUAACAACCUCCUCAAAGUUCACUUUAAACAAUGGUUCUUUGUCUGUUGUUUUCACAGUAAUGUAACCUGAUCUUUUGCCACACGUAAUCUAAUCUUGUAAAUAAGCUUGUAAUGAGGGGGAAUAUGGAUAAGCCUCUCAGCAUGGCACCAUGGAUUAAAAAUGUCCGCCUGCUGCUUUUCACUGUAACCCAUCGCUGCUCCCUGUGCAGAGUGACCUUCAUGCGUGUUUUUCGAAAGUCUUUUGUUUCGUUAAAUAUCUACCUCACUCUUGGUUUACCACCUCGACAUCAUUAGCUAUUUUGGGGGGAAAAAAGAAAAAUCAACACUCACUGUUGCCUUUCACUGGAAAAAAAGAAGCAAUUUAAACCUGGUGUGUGUGUGAAAAAGGUCCUGGAUGUUAAGUAUCAGAACCAGUCUACUGAUACUGAACUGUUGAAGAGUGGGGGCAGUGAUUCUCCUGUGGGGGGUGAUGAUCCUGUGUCAGUGUGUGUGUGUGUGGUCACCAGGAAUCCGAGGUUAUAUUUUACACUUUUCUUUGCAACAUCUUUUACCUUCACACUGAUUAAUGGCACCUGCCUUACACAUGUGCAAUAAA